ACCCCAAGGAAAUGAGAGGAGCUUUGCACCAGAAAGGGUAAAGAGGGUUUAAAGAAGCCAAACAAGGAUGUCUCCUAUUGUAAAUGGAAAAGAUUCAAAGUGGCUGAGUAGAACAGAAUAGAACAAGGAAAACUUAUUCCAAACCCUCCCACUGCCUCCUUGGGGACAAGUUUGGAUGUGAUGCUCCCUUUCUGCUGCCUUGGCAGCCCAGCUGCUCUGGCAGUGCCUUCCCAAAUUCAGUGUCUGGGUUGUGUUUUCCAGCACAGCUGGGAGUGCUCAGUCACCCACUGGGACCCCAAACCCUGCACAGGUUCUGCCCAAAUCCUUUGUCCCUUCCCUGGCCCCACUGCUGGCAAAGGCUGAAUUUGAUGUGUCCCCUCAGCUUCCCUCCUCCUCCUCUUCCAGAAUAACAAAGAUGUUUUUUAUGUAAACAAGCACAUUCUUCUAAGUCCAUUCAAAUGAAAGGAAAACUGAACUGGCACAGGGGCUUUCCAGCACUUAGCAGAUUUCCAAAAUGUAAAAGAAGAAACAUCAAAAGGUCUCCAGGGAGUUAUGAGUCACCUGGCAUCCACAGACAUGGCUUCAAACCUUGGGAAAAGGGAAAUGGACCAUCAUAGGCCAGAUCUUCAGACAGAGAAAGAAACCCAGCCCUGCAGAAGCUUCUUGAGGUCCAUCCAGAGCAGUGGCUGUUGAGUCUCCAUCAGCAGGAAAUGACCAGAGCAUUUCCCAGCAUUGGUUCUUCUUCCAAGUAUUUUAAAAAACAUCCAGGGAUGACAGUCCCAGGCACAAUAAACUGCUCCAGAGUGGCUGAGGGGUGCCAAUGUGAAGAAGGGCUGGAGGUGGCCCCUUGGGUGGUUCAGAGGGAGUGAGGGGGGCUGUGGUGCCAGGGGAUCUGCAUGGGACCCCACUGCUCCAUGCACCCUCUUAGAGUCUGGUUAAAAAGAGGGAAAGGUGAAAAAAGUGUCUGAGCUGAGCAUGACUGACAAGGACCUGCAAAGGGCUCCCUGGAGCUUUGGCAGGUCUGAGGAAGGGGGAGCCCAGCACAGUGCCCCAGGUUAGCCCAGAUGGGCUGAGCCCUUUGAGCAGGUCCCUGCAGGAUCUGGGCUGCCUCAGGCCUGUGGAGGGAGGGAGAUGAUGGAAAAACACCCAAACACUUUGAACAGCAAGUUUUCCAUCCGUUCCCCCCAGCCUGAUGCUGAUUCCUGCCCUGUCCUCAAGGAAAGGCUCAGCUACAUCCCCUUCUCUUCUCCCCCCUCACUGCCCAGGUAUAAACAGAAAUUUCUGGUGGAAAACUCUCCACAGUACCAACAUGGAAUGUGACACAAUUUCUGCAGUAUUUGCCAACUUGCUGCUUUCAAGCCACAGAGGGCUGGUGGCAGCAGCAGUCAGUGUUCAGUGCUUUCCAGGAUUCACCAGAUCCAGGCAUCUCCAGCACUUUUGUGUUGGCUCUGGGCUGUGACCUUGCAUGGAGCACCAAGCUUUGCCUUUCCUAUGGCUACAAAUCCCCUCUCUGAAGGCCCAGCAGCUCUUGAGCUUACAUCUGCAGAGAAGAGGCUUUCACUUCCCUCAUGAUUUUCCCUGCGUGGGUGAACACAGAAGGUUACACAAUUUAUUUAGUCUUUCCAGGUAUUGUCUGUCUGUGAUUUUGAUGAUCCCAUGUGGCAUGGAAAUCCCCAUGGGUAAUGAAGCAGUAUCUUUUCCUUGGAUGUGGUUCAAGUUCUUUGGAAAAUGGACAGUUGGGGAGGAGUAGAGAGCAUAAAUUGCAGCACCUCCUUGCCUGAGCUCAGAGCUGAGCAUCCCCAAAGAGGCAGAGCAGCAUCCUCUCUGCAGGGAAGAGCCCUCCCAGAGGCACCAUGCUCACUGCAAGGACAGCCCUGCUGCUCGCGGUGCUGCUCAGCCUCUCCCCGUGCUGCAGUGCAGGCCCUUACUCUCCCUCUGAGUGCUGCUUUGGAUACCUGAAGCGUCCUCUCCGUCUGGACACCCUCCUGGGCUUCUACUCAACUCCCAGGGAAUGCUAUUCCCCAGCAACUGUGUUUGAGACCAAGAAAGGAGCCAAGAUGUGUGCAAACCCAGAGGACAAGUGGGUCAAGAGAGCAAUGGCAGUGCUUCUAAAAAAGAAAAGAUGUUGUGCCCCAGGAGAGAGGCAAGGCACAGACAGCAGGCAGGGCAGCACAGAGCACGGAGGGAGAGCCACUCCAGAGCCACCCCAGAGCCACCACAGAGCCACUCCAGAGCCACCACAGAGCCACCCCAGAGCCACCAUGCUCCCUGCAAGGACUGUCCUGCUGCUCACCCUGCUCCUCGCCUUCUCCCUGCACCACACCACAGCUCACUUUGCACCUGUGGAAUGCUGCUUUAAUUAUGCACUGAAACGCAUCCGACACCCUCAGAGCUACUACGAGACAUCCAAAGACUGCCCCAAGCCUGCAGUUGUGAUUGUGGCUGGCAGUGGUGAUCAGAUUUGUGCUGACCCCAAGAAGGACUGGGUGGCUAAAACCAUAAAACGGCUUCAGAAGAAAAUUACAACUCCAUCCCCCAUGUGAUUUGCCCUUCCAGCCCUCCUGCCUCUCCAGGGAGCCAAAGGUGCUGGCAGCUCCUCUCCAUGGCUGCUGUGGCCAUGGGCACUGUCACUGCAGAGGAGCCAGCCCUGCACCCCACAGGAUCAGGGGUCACAGUGCCAUGGACCAGGCAGACACCGAGCUCCUCCUGCUGUCACCGCCCUGCCACCAUGUGCCCGUGGAACAAAUAUUUAUAAUAAAGACUCAUUGUUACAA